CUCUCUCUCACUCGCCCGGCGUGAAUCUCAGCACUGGCAGCACUGCUCGCGGUACAAUAUGAGGCUACAGUGAACGCUACAGUGUGGCACCGGGGGCCGUUAUGAGUGGGAAGAGCCUCUUGCUGAAGGUCAUUCUCCUGGGGGACGGCGGCGUGGGCAAAAGCUCCCUGAUGAACCGCUACGUGACCGACCGCUUCGACUCGCAGUCGUUCCACACCAUUGGUGUGGAGUUCCUCAACCGUGACCUGGAGAUCGACGGUCGGCUGGUCACCCUGCAGAUCUGGGACACGGCGGGCCAGGAGCGCUUCAAGAGCCUGCGCACGCCCUUCUACCGCGGGGCGGACUGCUGCCUGCUCACCUUCGCCGUGGACGACCUGCAGAGCUUCCAGAACCUGGGCUGCUGGAAGAAGGAGUUCAUGUAUUACUCAGACGUACGAGACCCGGAGCGCUUCCCCUUUGUGGUGCUGGGAAACAAGGUGGACAAGGAGGAGCGGGAGGUCGGCGAGGAUGAGGCCAGGGCUUGGUGUGAGGAAAACGGCUGCUGUCCGUACUUCGAGACCAGCGCCAAGGACGACACGAACGUGGUGGCUGCUUUCGAGGCUGCUGUCCGGGAAGUUCUGGCCAGCGAGGACCCCAUCGACCACACCCUGCUGAGCAGCUCCAUUGAUCUCCACGGAAAUCGUAAAGUGGCUCGCUCAUCCUGCUGUUGAGGUGCCUUGUGGCUUCAUAGCUGUGGACCUACUCUCUUGCUGAUACGCUUGAGAGCUUUCUGUGUAGGUACAAUGUAACAGAGUUACCAAACAGUAAAGGCAUUUCACACAUAUCUGGCACACAUAACAUAUUCCAUGACGGUUUCCCAGUCGAAGGCUUGUCUGCUGGUGGCGUGGUGUUUAAUGAUAGCUUCAUGUUUUGGACCGCAGAUCUAGCCUCCCUUCUGCCAGUUUCUAAAUGGACCAUCUUAUGAUUAAUGAGCUAUUAUGCUGUGGUAUUCAUUUUUUUCAGAUAUUUCAAAAUACAGAGUCAGAUAUUACAGACCUUUUUUAUUGGUAAUAUAAUAUUGUUUGAAAGAAAUAAUGCAAUUUUAAUUUAUUUUGCUAAUAAGUUAUUCUUUGGGUGAAGUCUGUCAAGAACAUGUUCUCAGGUCAUAUUUCACCUCAAAUUCAAAAUAAAAAAAAUA